UGCUCUAAACAUUCCAAUAAUUUUCAACGCUUACAACAGUCUUUAGAAAAAUAUCAUACAUGUUUCCUCUCAACUAUUCAUACUUAUUAUGAAUUAGACAUAAAAACGCUAAACUUAAACAAGCUCAAAGGGUUGAAGGGACAUUAAAAAAAAAAAAAAAAAAAAAAAAAAAAAAAAAAAAAAAAAAAAAAAAAAUAUUAAAGAAGGCAAGCUAGAGAGGAAUAUAGAACGUGAAACUUCUGGCCUGAAGUUCUAGCGAAACUGGGUCGAAGCGCAAAGUGACGCAAUACAAAGAGCGCGAAACAAAGACUGGGGUUUGAGAGAGGCAGACAAGGGGGUUGGGACUUACUCUUACACACACAGAAUUGCACACAUAUGGAAUUUUGCACACACAGACACAGACACAGACACAGACACACACACACACACACACACACACACACACACACACACACACACACACACACACACACACACACACACACACACACACACACACACAAAAGCACGCACGCACGCACGUAUAAACACAAAUAACACUGAAAAGGUAAAAAAGGUAAAAAACCAUGGCGGGGAUAGCCAUCACCAUCACCAAGAGUCAUGAUAUAUCCGUAUCCGUCCUGGCAAGUAAGUUUUUCAUGACAGCCAUAACUGCACUUGCCCAUAUAAAGUUAAAACAAUAAUAGAUAUGAAUAUAAUAGUUAAUAGGAGAGCAUUUAUAUAUGCACUGUCCACUGUAGCUUUGUCCUACCAAUUAUGUUUCCCCCACAGAUGGAUCCAAGGUCAAGUACAAGGCCUAUUUACCCACAUUUAUCUAUCAUAAUUCUUAAAGUUUCAGGAAAUGGUUUCCUCUUUAUAACUAGAAUUAUUAUCAAAAACAUUACAAUAUUUGUAAUGACAUUAAUAGCAAUUACAUCAACAAUAAUAAUAAUAGUUGAAAAACUAAAAACAUCUUUUCCCUAAAAUGUAAAUAACAGAGUAAACAAGUAAGAUAAGGGACGCCUUGUUAUUAACCUCUUAGUGAUCUUUUGCUUGUGAAGCCAUUUAAUAUGUAAAUAAAGUUAAUACAAUAAAAUUCACAGACAAGAAUGUACAAGUCCAGCAACCAAGGAUACAAUACUGUCAACCUCAGCUGAUUAGUGGGUGUUAGCCAAAUCCUUGUGAUUACAGCCCUGCAUACACCUAAACACAGACCUUAACCCAAUGCCGAUGGGCAUGACAUGAACGUACGUGCUAUGUCCACUGUGAGUUACUUGUUUGAUUGUUUUUACACAUAGAUGGCUACAUUUGUACUAAGUCACCAAUGAGCCAAUUAUGAGUACUGCCUGUCUCGCCUGUUUACCCUAUUUUUUGAUUACGAAUAUAUUUUAUGUUAUCUUAUUUUGCUGUUAUUAAUGUUUAUAUUAUAGUAAUUAUAAUGUUUAUAAUAAAAAUAACACAAUCGAUAUUCAUAAUGCUAGUAAAAAUUACAUUUUUCUCGCCAGUUCAAAUCAGGUACAGUCACAAGGUCUACCAAUUGACUCCUUUGUGGCUAAGCACUAGCAGAACCAUCUUUGUUCAGGCACAUUUCACAAAAAAUAUAGAAAAUCAGCACAGCAUUUUCCCCAUUCUUUAUUAAUUUCCCCCAGUGGCACUGGGUUAAAAUUACUUUUAAAAAUUAAUGUCAAGACCUAUUACAAAAUAUAAAUACAGUUUGUGCUAUCAAACCUUGUAUAAUAAUGAGCAUAAACUAGGCAGAACCUCCAGUGCACUGUGCACAAGACAGCUAUGUCAAAGGCAAACACUCCCAGCAAGUGCCUAUACCAAUGAUACCCAACCUUUGCACCUUGGAGGAACCCCUAAAUAAUUCUUCAAAUUCCAAUCUCUUCCAAAACUCCUGGUGACGGUAACCCCAUACAGAUUAUGCAGUAGAGAAAUCCCAUCAAGACGUUAAGAAAAAGAGUCUCGCCAUCAGCUGAUGUGAGCUGGUUACCCUCCUGUCGUACAGCCACCAAGAAUUGGUACAGACUCAUGGAAGCGUCCACAGCCACCUUACGGCCUGGAAUCAUAGGUUCUUUAUGAUUAAUAAAGAUGGAACUUGUGAAGUCGGCACAGCGACUCCAAUUGCAUUUGAUUCCUGGAAAAAAGUUAUGUCCCACAUGCCGCAAAACACUAUCAGCCAUUGAGGCAAGUCGGAAUGAUAGCACAGAGGAAGACUCCAGUGACGAAAUGCUAUUUGUGGAAGAAUCUGUUUCGCGUGAUGAAGAUAGGGAUCAGUUGCAGGAUUUGUUUUCCUCCAUUGGAGUGUCCCCAAUAAAGGUACAUGGGAAGCCGGAAACAGCCAGAAUUAGCAGCAGCAAAAGGAAGAUCGGUAGUGUUGUAGAAACCAUUACAAAGAAGGUUGCGAGUUCGAUCAAUGUUCCCGUUGAACAACUUAAAUCCUCCCCGGAUGCAAAAAGCGACAAAGCUCUUUCAGAAAAAGCAAGAUGUUUUGAUGAAAUGAUGAGUCGUCUUCGUGAAAAGAUCUUUUCCUUGACAUCAUCGAGGGCAAAACUUCAAAUCUUGACCUUGUGUCCAUCAAACUGGACAGUCAAACAGUGUGCUGAAUAUUUUAAAGUUUCAGAGUAUCUUGUACAUACUGCUCGAAAACUUGCAAAUGAAAAAGGCAUUCUGUCACUUCUAGACCCCAAAAUGGGUAGAGGGCUCUCCCAAGUUACUAGAGAUUUGGUACUCCAAUUUUACCAUAACGAAGAGCACACCAGGGAAAUGCCAGGUCAAAAAGAUUUUGUAAGCAUUGGUCGCAAUAUACAUAAACAAAAGCGACUUAUUCUUUGUAACUUAAAGGAACUAUUUAGCUCUUUCAGGGAAAAGUUCCCAGAAGUAAAGAUAGGGUUUUCGAAAUGUUGUUCUCUGAGACCCAAGUGGUGCAUUUUGCCAGGUGCUGCUGGAACACAUUCAGUAUGUGUUUGUAUCAUACAUCAAAAUGCCAAGCUACUUCUUUCUCCUAUUGGGGCUAAUUACAAAGAAUUAACUAAGUUUCUGGUUUGUGACAUUGAUAACAAAGAGUGCAUGGUACAACGUUGUCCAAAUUGUCCAAAGUCAACAGAAAUUUUCCAGCACAAGUUGUACGAAAGAAAGAUGUUUCAAACAUAGCUAAACUUUUUACUACUUUUCAGAAUUAAAUUUUCAGUUUAUGUUUUGAAACAUUUUCCAUGCCAGCACCAAGAUAGAUCAUAAUUUGUCCUUUACAUGACAUCACCAGUUGUACUCUGCACUGUCAUCUUUAAAAGCACAUUAAAACAUACAAUUAUAACAUUGCACAUGUGAAUUGAAAAUAUAAUUUUGGGAAAAUGUUGCGUGCAUGCAGGCAUUUGAUAUGAAAAAUGGUCAGAUUUUCCAACCCAAUUUGAGUAGGAAGGAGUUAAGACCCCAAGCUACCUUUGGUCUACUACAUGAUUGUUCUAUGUAGAUUUUGGAAACAUAAUAAAAAAGUUUGUAAAAGGUAUGCCUCUUGGGGAAAAAAUCAAUUUUUGACCACCACCAAAAUAUUUUGCCAGAAACCUACAUCAGUUUAUUGUAAGGUGGCAUUGUCCUGGUGCUAGAUAUGACUUUCUAAGUGUUAUUUUUGAAUUCUACAUGCCUGAAAAUACUUUAGUGCUUGUUUUCCUCCAUGUAUCUCUUUCCAGUGAGGUUUAAAAUAACUUUAACUUGUGCGUCAAAGAUGUCAUCGCUAACCCUAAGCUUUUUGGGGGUAUUUUCAAAAAAUGAAAUGGUCCAUAAAACCCAAACUAGAUGGAAUUUCUCAAAAAUUUUUGACAUUCUUCUCUAGCUCAUAGAUCUUUAUCAGUAAACCAAAUUUGAGGCUAUUCUAAGGGGUAGGGUUAAAAUUUUCUAAAAUUUCUGAUGAUUUGGUAUGGAAUGACCCAUAAUUGAAUUUUUUUUCUUCCUACAUAUCAAUUUGUCAAAAUGAGUUCUAUAUUAGGAAAAGCAAGUUUAAUCCUCUCUUGCAGUCUUUUAUUCUCAUCAUUUUAAAAAGAUAUAUUCUUGAGCCUAUAACCACAUUCACCAGAGACAAGUUGUAUGCAAAGCUGAUGUCAGAAAAACUUGGUACAGAAAAUAUAUGCUGAAAAGAAGAGCUUGUAAACCCCACUGAUGAUUUACUUUCAAACAAGGAAACCAGCCCAUGUUCUGUCUUGCAUGAAUAUAAGUAGUUAAGGCUUAGAUUACUUUAGCCUAAAAGUUUCUAGGUUCAUUUUUGAAAAAAAAUCUGGACUAUAAUGAAAGAGAUCUUCAUACAAAUCUCAUAGUUUUUUUUGUUUUGUUUUUAGCUGGUAAGUGUUGCUUACUCAGCCAGUUAAGUGCUAGUAAAAUGCUUUUUCCAUAAUUUGAACUGUUGUAAUCAUAGACUAAAUGGUAAUUACAAACUAUUAUUACCAUUUGUUAGUUUUAUGUUACAUGUAAGGCAUUUCUGCAUUUUCAGUAAUAAUUUAGCACAUAAAAAAUGCUUGGAACUGCAAAAUGUUUCUUGAUUAGUGUUUAUGGAUGGACACACUAAGCCUAAGUCUAGUUAGUGCUCUUGAGUUUCAGCUUUAUCUUGCAGCCUGUUUGCCACCCAACAAUGCCAGGGGUUGUUGGGGGGCAUAACUAACUAUUAACCCUCCCUUUGAGCAGUGCCUGAAGGAACACCUAGUCAAUUGUUGAAUUUUAUAACAUGGAGUUGGGGAGUGCGUCCAUACUGUAAAGAAUUACCUUUUUAUUUGUGGUAACAUCCCACCAUGCAAAUAUAGAGUUUUCCACUAAUGAAAAGUCUGUGGAGUAAGGAAAGGAAUAAGUGAGUUACAAUGAAAAAUAUUCUGACAAAACAGUACAGCUUCCAGAAUAUAUCUUGCAGUGCCUUCACCUUUUUAAAGUCCAAUAUGGGAAUGAUGAAAAAAAAAGAUCUAAAGAAAGUAUAUGCAUAGGUAUGUCAAGUCACAGACAGAGUAGGAGAAGAACCUUGUAACAAGGAGUUCAAGAUAAUCAGCCUUAUGUAAAGGUAGUUUAGUUGUUUUGGUUUUAAUCUUUACAGUAUGGAUGCACUAAGCUUGGGCAAAUUGAAAAUUAUAUUCUUGUGGAAGACAAUAUGUUGCAGUCGUCAACACAAGAAACAAUCAACAGACAUGAAUCGUAAUGCCAUAAUUAAAGGAAAAAAGAUUGUGAAAAGCGCCACUCGCAGCCCAAGGCCUCUCCAUUCCCCUGAGAUUCGGCUUUAUUUUUCCGCGCAUACCGAUGUCAAUGCAAUGUUUGUCAGGGGGUGCUGGAAGCAGAGCCCCCAUCAGCCCUCCCCUCAGGCAGCUGGGGACUUAGUCUCUGGUGAAUGCAUCUGUACAGUAAAGAAUUAUAGUUCUUUUGUUCAAAAUAAUUCUGUACUAUGCUUGUUUACCAUUGCACUGGUAAUUACACCUCAAUUUUGCAUCUAAUUUUUUUUUUUUUUUUUUUUUUAAUAAUGCUUGAAGUACAGAACAAUAUAAAAUUCAUAUAGGCCUACAUAAUAAUAAAGGCCCAGAAUGCAUAUUGGGCCACAAAAAGGUCACGGCAACUGACAGCGAAGAUAGUCCUAGAUUCUGACCAUUCAAAUUUGACACCUCUAGCAGCCAUUCCGUCGACAAACUGCCGUUCUUUGCAAAACCUUGAUACAGCCCAUCUAUAGGGUUAAGUAGCCAGUGGGUGAUACACAGCUGCUGUUAGUAAUACUCGGUGCAUAAUUUGUUAUCAUCUGCUUCCCACGGCUGCAUGAUUUGUUAUGCAGUUAAAUGUAACUAGUAGACUAUCAGCAUUUGUUAAUAAAAUGUAGAAUAACC